GCGCAUCGAAUCGGAGGUCGCUGAGCGUGCCUGCCGCGGCAGCUCCGUGCCCGAACGCCCGUGGGAGGCGGUGGCCAUGGAAAGUGCCAAGUCCGACGCGGGGCCGUAUGCCAAUUGGUGGUACGAGCUCGUGGGCGCCCCGGCGGAGCCGGCGGCGGCCCUCGCGGGCGCCUCUGAUUCGGCGCUGGCGCCGCAGUGGGCCAGGACCAAGCACGAGAAGCAGGGUUCAGCGAGCACGGGGCGGCGGAAGGACGGCUGGUUCCUCCGCGCGGACGGCGAGGAGCCCUGCUCCUCCUGGAGUCGCCACGCUUCCGAGGGCGAGCCGGGGUCUUGCCCGCAGGGCCGCGCCCGCAGGUGCGAGUGGCGCGCGGGAGAGUACAGGUCGACCGACGACUCCUGCCAGGCCCCAGGCAGGCCCGAACGUUGGAGGCUCAAGGGCGGUCGAGUGCCGGUCCUGCCCGCGCUGGAGGGCCGGCUGGUUGGGAGCUCGGGUCUCCCCGCGCCG